CUUUCUACCCGCCGCGGGGCCGCCGUGCCGGAGAGCGGGCAUCGCUGCGGGACCGAGCGGAGCGCGGCAGGGACUGGACGUGUGAGCCCGCGGGUCAUGGACGGGCGGGCGGUGCUGAUCCAGGCGCUGCUGGCGGCAGUGUGCUCGGCGGCGGCGGGUGGGCUGCGCCGGGACGAGCUGCACAACGAGGUGCUGCACAAGGGCGGCGGCGGCGGGGUGCCGGUCCCGGCCACGGCCCCGCUGCUCGGCGGCAGCCCGGAGAAGGAGGGCGGCGGAGCGGCCUCGGGGGACGACUUCAGUGAGCUGCCGAGAGUUGCCUUCCUGUCAAAGCCUCAAGGCCUCGUUACUCCCAAGAAAAAAGGGAACGGCAAUAAAAGAAGAAAAGGCAAAGGCCUGGGGAAGAAGAGAGACCCGUGCCUGCGGAAGUACAAGGAUUUCUGUAUUCACGGCGAGUGCAAGUACAUCCGAGAGCUGGGAGCUCCCUCUUGCAUAUGCCAGCCAGGCUAUCACGGAGAGCGCUGCCACGGCCUCUCACUGCCGGUGGAGCACCCGCCCAGCGCGUACGACCACACCACAGCCCUGGCCGUCGUUGCUGUUGUCCUGUCCUCCCUGUGUCUUGUCAUCAUCGCAGCCCUGCUGAUGCUCAGGUGUCACAAGAGGGGUGGCUACGACGUAGAAAACGAAGAGAAAAUCAAGCUGGGCAUCACUGUGAAUCACUGAGGAUGCCAGGUGCUGGCGAGGGGUCGGCACUAAUGCACUUCUACCUCCUGGAAGGGGCGAGACCGCGGCGCCAGCGGCACGGGGCUGCGGCACGCUGGGGGCUCGCUGGAGCGCCAGGACGGCACCGGCGGGGCUGCCCGGGCAGCGGCGGCGCUGCGGCAGCUCCGUGGCACCUCCGGGACGGAGCGGGCUCGGCAGCGGCGCUGACCGGGGGCACAGGGGCUCCCCGGCGGCUCUCCGUCCACUGCAGUACGUGCCGAGGAACAAGCUGUGAAAGGGAGGAGACCGAGCUCGGGGCUUCCUUCGCCGCAGAAAGGGGGGGGAGGGUAACAGCUAUUUAACAAGAUAUUUUUCAUUUUAAAUUAUAUAUUUAUUUUAGAUAAACUGUACAUAGUAUUUAUAUUUAUUGUAGGUCUGGCCCUGCAUCCUUCAUGUAUGUCAAGAUGACAGGGUCAGACCUCCCUUAUUUUUUAAGUGCAAUGUAAUAUUCUAAUAAAUAAUACUUUGUAACAAA